AGAAGGAGGAUAACUCCGCGAUCCUCUCAAUAAGACCGAUUCCCCCACCCGCCUCAUAAAAGCUUCAUCCUCAACUCCCUGUCUGACUCCAUUCCACCGUGCCCAUAAGCAGCAUUUCGUUUCCAUCCUCUCAAGCUGGGACCAAUGAAUUUUACAUACUUAAUUUUAUAACGACUCAGUCGCAUUCAUCGUUCCGAAUCGCCUCUCGCGAUCGUGCGAUAAUAAAUGACAACGUCCAGCCGCACCGCCAAGGCUGCCAAGCAGGAGGAAUACCCACCACAGCUGUCGCUGACCGAGAAGCUCAAGCUAUACACGACUGCGACAAGAAUCGCGUCGACCAUUGCUGUCACCCAUGGCCUCGGUGGUAUUUUCCGAGGCGCCAGCGGUGCCAGCAGCUUCCGCGUACAUGUCGCCCAUGCGUUGAUUCGGAGGUUGAGCGAUACUCUGACCGAUAGGGAGUACCAAUAUCUACUGAAACCGACCGAGGAUGCGUAUAACGACUGGUGCAAAGCAAAGCGCCAUGUCGUCGACACGGUGGCCUUGUCGCGGUAUGGGGCCAAGGGACUGUGGAUAGGCGACAAGUCGACAGCGAAGCACGUCAUGGUAUUUUAUCAUGGCGGCGGAUUCGCCCUCAGCGCCAACGAAGUCUACUUUGACUUCUGCCUUGACCUGAUCAACGCUCUCAAAAAGACAGGCCUCGAUCUCGCCAUCUUCUUCGUCGCCUACUCCCUCACUCCGCACGCACGAUACCCGACGCAACUCAAACAAUGCGUCGAAGCCCUCGACUACAUCCUCACAACCCACUCCUCGAUCCCAGUCGAAAACGUAUAUCUCGGCGGCGACUCCGCCGGCGCCAACGUCGCGAUUUCCGUAUUACUGCACAUCUCGCAUCACCCACACGCAUCCCUGAUUGACGAAGAUAACGAUAUCAACUCUGGCACGCACAAUCUCGUCGAGACGGACUCGUAUCUCGGCGGCAUCGUGUGUUUGAGUCCCUGGAUCGACUUCAACUUCGACCGUCCAUCCGAAGAGGAGAAUCGUAAGAGAGACUGCAUUUCCAAAAAGUCGGAGCUUGCCUGGGCCACUUCGUAUACCGAUAACAACCCCUUUGACCCAUGGUCCGAACCGACACUGGCACCAGUAGAAUGGUGGCGAGGCUUGCGGGCGCGCGAAUUCCUUGUUCUCGCCGGGUCUGACGAGAUUCUGUUGAAUGGGAUAGAAGAAUUCGUCGAUAAAGUUCAGUCCGUUUUCCCGAAUCUAGUCUUCUUUGUUGGCCAGAAUGAGGGUCAUGUGUGCCCUAUCGUAGAUGGAGCGCUAUUCAGCAAAAAAUCUCGAGAAAAGAUUCAAACAUGGCAGGAAAUGAUCCGGUGGUUUUCAGGAUGUUUAUCGUCAGAGCAGCCUCCUUCUCCUUCGAAACUGAAACAUUCACAAACACCGAGUUGACAGAGAAGUUGGUAGAAGCGUGCGCAAUUACAUAUCAUCGUUAGGAUGAGGUUUGAUCUUUUUUUUCAGCUGUGGGGAGUUC